AAGGGAGGAGUCGUAGUCAGCUAAGGAAGGAAGCAGGGCGCCAGCUGGCCGAGCGGUUGCGCGCCGCGUUGCGCUUUUGGAGAGCGGGCGGCGGCUGGAUGUUGCGCGCAGGCCUCGGCUGAGGCUGCGAAACGCCGGGCGAGGCCCGUCCCUCGGAUCCCGCGAGCAAAACAGCUAGGCUGGGAAGCCCCACUCGCCGCCUCCGCCUCCCGCCGCGCCUUUUGGCACGGUGCGGAGCGCGCCUUGGGAAGGACCCCUCCUCGCCAAGCGGCCGCGCUAGGGGGCCAUGCGCGCCUCUCCUCCCGGCUCUCUCCCUCGGAACCCGCGAGCAAACAGCUAGGCUGGGAAGUCCCAGACCCAGACCCAGUCGCCGCUUCCUCCGCCUCCGCUUCCCGCCGCGCCUUUUGGCACGUUGCGCAGCGCGCCUUGGGAAGGACCCCUCCUCGCCAAGCGCCCGCCCUUGGGGACCACGGGCGCCUCUCCUCCCGGCCCUCUGCAGCGCUGUGGGAGUCGCGCACGUCUCCUCUUCGAGCACCGAGAAAGCAGCGGUGCGGUGGCCCCAAUUCCUCUUGCGCCCGAGUUUCGUGAAGUCAGCCGUCUGAAUUUGAGCCGGGGAGGUCGGGCUCUCACCACCUCGCUCUCAGCCCAGUCUUGCUUUUGCGCGUGGAAGGAAGACCAGCCAUCGCCUCCGCCCCCUCCUUGAGCUCAGGUACAGAGCAGGGCAUUGUCCUCAAGGCCCAAAGCAGAUACAUGGCUGAUAAGACCUUAAAAGGAUGCAGGUGCUUUCUCGACUCUUCUUAACUCUGGUCAUCCUGUGCUCCUGCUCCAUCCUGUACAUCUUGCUUUGCCCUCACUUCUGUGUGUCGUUGUGUUGGCUUGGCUGCAGUCACCUGGAAGAGCAAGACGGAGUCCUGCCAGCUGUGCCUGGAGCUGCCCAGUUUGAGGGUUACAUCAGCGUCCCUGAUGGGAAGCCAUUGGCUCGUGUGCCAUGUCGCCAGUGUGCUGUGGUUUCAAGCUCUGGGCAGAUGCUGGGUUCGCGUUCUGGGAAGGAGAUUGACGAGAAGGAGUGUGUCCUGCGCAUGAACCAGGCCCCCACCCAGGGUUAUGAGGAGGACGUGGGUGGCAAGAGCACCAUCCGGGUCGUUUCUCAUACCAGCAUCCCCUUGCUCUUGCGGAACCAGAGCUAUUUCUUCAAGCAGUCCCGGGACACAGUCUAUGUGAUCUGGGGUCCUACCAGGCUGAUGAGCCGGGAAAAAGUGGGCUUGGUCUACCGGACCCUCCUCAAGGUGAAAGAGAUGUACCCAAGCCUGCACCUCUACACGCUGACGGACCGGAUGAUGGCGCACUGUGACGAGCUCUUCCUGCUGGAGACAGGGAAGAACAGGAUGAAAUCCGGCUCCUUCCUGAGCACAGGCUGGUUCACAAUGGUUUUGGCGAUGGAGUUGUGUGAGCAGAUCUUUGUCUUUGGCAUGGUCAGCGAGAACUACUGCAGGGACAGAAGCCAGCCCAUUGUCCCUUACCACUACUUUGAAGAUAGCACACUAGAUGAAUGCAAGAUGUACCUGACCCACGAAAGAGCCCCCCAUGGCGGGCAUCGUUUCAUCACAGAGAAGGCCGUAUUCUCUCGCUGGGCAAAGAAAAGGAACAUUGUCUUCACUCACCCUUCGUGGCCAGAUGGGUAGGUGAGGCGAGGGGCAGGCCAGCCAUGGCGAUCUCGUUUUGAUCUUCUCUACGAAUUUGAUCUUCAAACGUUUGUGACGGAAGCCACGUCUGUCACUGUUUGGUUCUGUGCAGAGCGCUGGCUCCUCCACGCGUGGUUUUCGAAGGGCAACGAGGCAUCAGGAUGCAGACCAGACAAUGCAGAGCCUCUUCCCGUUCCCUUGGCCAUGUAUUUCUAAACUUGCCGGUAUUUCUAAACUUGCCGAUCAAGAGGCAAGGAGUUGUUCUCCUUUUUCUGAACACUGAGUGGAAAGUACUUGUCAUUGGUAGGUGAGAAACACUUUGGAAUUCUUUUAUUGCAAAAGUGGAGGGAUGGAAACAUUUCAAAUAUUGUAGUGUGUAUAUACAGUGGUACCUCUACUUACGAAUGUUUCUACUUAUGAAUGGAGCUCCAUCCGCCAUCUUGGAUGCGGUUUAGAUAGGAUUUUGUCUACUUACGAAUUUUUAGAUAGGGUUGCUUCGACUUACAAUUUUUUUCUCCCAAUGCAUUCCUAUGGGAUUCGACUUACAAUUUUUUUCAGCUUACGAAUGUGCGUUCAGAACGCAUUAAAUUCGUAAGUAGAGGUAUAUAUAUUAGGGUGGGUCAUAAAAAAAUGAAUUCGAAAUUGUUUCCUCCCUUGACCUUAUCUCAGGCGUAUGGUAUAAACAUAGUCAAAUUUCAGAUUUGGGACAAAUCGGUUAAUAUUUAGACUCUGCUCCUACAGAUUGACAUUUUGCCUCACUACGAGUGAUAAAAACAUAGGAAUUUGACUCCUUUAAUUCUCAGUAUGUUAAAUUGUGAACUAAUCCACAUAAAUUUUAGGUUUUAUGUGGAGCAAUAAUAGUUGCAUACUAUUAUUUUCUGCAAUAUUUAUUUAUUUAAGAGAAAACAUGUUGAUAAUUUACAUGAAAAACCAAUGGUUUUGAAAAAAAUUAUAUGGAACAAUUAAGCAAACGGUGUACUCAACAAGUAAACAUAAACAAUAAAACACCACUCAUAUUAUGUGUUGCGUCAAAACAUCACAUUAGACUUAAUUACUUGGUAUAAAUUGUACUAAAUCUAUAUAUAUUUAUUUAAGCAAUCCUCACUAGUGUUGGAUUGUUACCGGCCUACUUCACCAAAUUAUGUUUUCUGUGCUUGACACAUUGCCUGAUGGGAAGUAUACCUGGAUUAGGCAGCAACGUGUUCUAAUGCUGGAGAUCCCAUAUACAGUGGCGUCUUGACUUACGAAUUUAAUGCAUUCCGAACGGACGUUCGUAAGUCAAAUCCCAUAGGAACGCAUUGGGAGAAAAAAUUCAUAAGUCGAAGCAACCUUAUCUAAAAAUUCGCAAGUCGAAAAAAAAUCCAAUCUAAACCGCAUCCAAGAUGGCGGACGGAGCUCUGUUCGUAAGUCGAAACAUUCGUAAGUAGAGUUAUUCGUAAGUCGAGGUACCACUGUACAGUGUUUCUCAUAAAAUAAGACGUACCUCUAAAAUAAGCCAUGGUAGGAUUUUCAUGCGUUGACAAAAUAUAAGACAUACCCCGAAAAUAGGCUGUAGUGCUAGGCGCAGUUCUGGAGGGCGCCAAGGAAGAGGAAGAGGCCUGUCAGGUUGGGGCCCAGAACCGGAUGCUGCCACUGCUGCAGCCCCGCCAAAACACCCAGCAGCGCGCGCCGAGUGGAGCCCCGAGCCAGCGGGACCCAGCACUGUUCUGUAGCAUUCUGAAUCCUCCUGCUGCUGCGGCUCUGCUUGGCGCUUUGUCGGCGCUUCAGCAACAGCCAGUUACGGGCGCCGAGCCGCGGCAGGAAGAGAAGGAUGCUUGCCAGGUCGGCGCCGCGUGACCCGAGCCAGCGGGACCCUGCUGUUGAAGCGCCGACCAAGUGCCCAGCAGUGCCGCACAGAGCGCCAUGAGCCUCCAGGAGCCGGAGGGAGGAGGAGGAGGAGGCCUGCCGGGUGGGCGCCCAGCAGCGGGACCCAGCAGCAGCGCCGGCCGUGGCAGGAGGAGGCAGGGGCCCAGAACCAUACGGUACUUACCGGUAUUCAAAAAAUAAGACACCCCCCGAAAAUAAGCCCUAGGCU